AAAAUUUGUAUCUUACACAUUGACUUAGAGAGGUAAAGAAGUGCUCUAUUAGAUUAGGUAGACAUUAUGGUUAGGUUUAAGACAAAUUUCAAGCCAAGUAAUAGUUCCAUUAAUAAUAUUAAGCUGAUUAAUGAAUAUUUCAAAAGAAGAUGAACAUUUCAUUCCAAAAAGGAUGGCGGUAGCAAUAGCAAUCUUAAUAAUGUUUUUAUUGCAUUACACAACUUUGUUUUUGAGUUCGUGCUUCAAUUUUAAAUAUAAAGGAGAAUACACAAGUCGAAGAGUCUUUUUGUAUGGGAUAUCAGGUAUUAAUAGAAAAUAUAAAGGAUUGUUAAGUCUGAGCACAAUUUAGAGUAGUAUAUUCUCGGCUGUAUUGGCUUGGUUAACUUUAGUGCCACUUUCAAUACUACAUUUUAGUAAUUAUCCAAAGUUCAAGACAUUGUAUUAGAUAUAAGAUUCAUUGUGGUUAACAUAUUACACAUUGUAAAUUACUUGGUAUUUGGGUAUUAUAAUAGAUUUUUACUCAUGAAUUAUUUAU